UUGGACCAUCCCCUCCCCCGCGCCGGCUGCAGCCCCGCCGCCGCCGCGCUCCGAGCCCCCAUUCCCGAGCCGCCGCUGUCGCCGUUCGCCCCGCGCUUCUCUCCGGGCCGCCCUCUCCUCUGGACGAUGGCGCGCGGCACCCGCAGUCGCCGCUUGGGGUUCGCCCUGGGGCUGCUGCUGGCGCUGGCGCUGGCGCCCCGGGCCCUGCGUGCCAAGCCCACGGUGCGCAAGGAGCGCGUGGUGCGGCCCGACUCGGAGCUGGGCGAGCGGCCGCCCGAGGACAACCAGAGCUUCCAGUACGACCACGAGGCCUUCCUGGGCAAGGACGAUUCCAAGACCUUCGAUCAGCUCACUCCGAACGAAAGCCAGGAGAGGCUGGGGAAGAUUGUUGAUCGAAUAGACAAUGAUGGGGAUGGCUUUGUCACCACGGAGGAGCUGAAAACCUGGAUCAAACGGGUGCAGAAAAGAUACAUCUAUGAUAAUGUAGCUAAAGUCUGGAAGGAUUACGAUCGGGACAAAGACCAUAAAAUUUCCUGGGAAGAAUACAAACAAGCCACGUAUGGUUACUACCUAGGAAACCCUGCAGAGUUUCAGGAUAGUUCAGAUCAUCACACCUUCAAGAAGAUGCUGCCACGUGAUGAGAGAAGGUUCAAGGCCGCAGACCUCGAUGGUGACCAGACAGCCACUCGAGAGGAGUUCACAGCCUUUCUGCAUCCUGAGGAGUUUGAGCACAUGAAGGAAAUUGUGGUUUUGGAAACUCUGGAGGACAUCGACAAGAAUGGGGAUGGGUUCGUGGAUCAGGAUGAGUAUAUUGCUGAUAUGUUUUCCCAUGAGGACAAUAGCCCAGAGCCAGACUGGGUUUUGUCAGAACGGGAGCAGUUUAAUGAAUUCCGAGAUCUGAAUAAGGACGGCAAGUUGGACAAAGAUGAGAUUCGCCAUUGGAUCCUCCCUCAAGAUUAUGACCAUGCGCAGGCCGAGGCCAGGCACUUGGUGUAUGAGUCGGACAAAAACAAGGAUGAGAAGCUAACGAAAGAGGAGAUAUUGGAGAACUGGAACAUGUUUGUUGGAAGCCAAGCUACCAAUUAUGGGGAAGAUCUCACAAAAAAUCAUGAUGAACUUUGAUACACACUCAUCGUAGCAUGGCAGACUGUUGUAGGCUUUCUCACUGUCUUGAAUGGUUGCUGCGAUUGUCUAAUUUACACCAGUUGUGUCUCCAAAAAAACAAUAUUAUUACCUCAGAUCGGGGUAAAAAUUGUUUUUCUCUCAAUAUUUACUGGAAAAUAGUCAUCACUAUUCUUUCAGUUUAAGAUUUCUCUCAAAAUACAUUAAAAUCUUGGUAAAUUGCAGUUCUCCAUGGGGAUACAUUGCUGAAAUAUGACUUCUUCAGUUUAUUUCCAUUAAGUUUAAACUAUAAGG